GUACCUUGGGUUAGGUACCUAGGUACCUAAUGCAUUUAAAGCAGGCUACUGCGAUCCUAACUGCUAAUCCGUAUUGACACUUGCAUCUUAUGGUAGUUGCCUCGCCGUGUGAUAGGUAAUAUGGAAAGCCCUAUAGUGAUAUGUCACGACAGCCGGAUAUUUAGACUUGUCAGUUUCGAAGCUUUUGCCAGAAGGUGCCUCCUCUUAUAGCCCAAAGUUUCCCACAAUAAACCCAAUGAUCAAACAAGUACGAAAGUAAAACCUUACAACAUACCUGUCCAGUUUCAAUAUACAACCUGAAGCAGAUACGCUAAUGAAUGUGUACUUUGGCACGUAACUUGUUAUCGUCUCUGAUUCACCUGCUAUAACUAAGAGCGAGUCGCAUCUAUCAUCAUGGACCAUGUGGACGAACGUCUCGAAUCGUCCCUUCCAUACCCCUUAGAGUCUACAAUCCCAGCAAGCCCCGAUCUGAAGCCAAAAAGAUCAGCAAAACCAGUCGAGCACAAGAAACACCACGCGAAACUGACACGCAAGCAUAUCAGCACACCCGAUGACCCGUACGCAUUCCUGAAGCACUUCGACACCAUCUUCCUUAUCGACGACUCCAAGUCAAUGGAAAAGCACUGGGGCGAGGUCGGCAUGUUGCUCGAGAAGAUUGCGCCGAUAUGCACUGAGCGCGAUCCAAACGGCGUAGACAUAUACUUCGUGAAUCACCGCCCGCGCGGCUACCUCAUGUAUGCAGCUCUCGGAUUUGAUGCAGACCGCUCCGGGUACCUACACAUCGGGCAGUCAGUCGGAGUGCCAGAGAUGCGUGACAACGUAGCGGGGAUUUUCGGCAGCAUCAAGAAACUUGGAAGUCACUGCCGCCUCGAUCGUCGGCUUAGCUAUAUCCUUGACCGAUAUGUACAUGAAUAUGAACGAAGUCGCCGAGACAGGGGUACAGGGUCGGGCAAUACCGUUAGGCCGCUCAACCUUAUCGUGAUCACCGCCGGCGUGACGGAUGAUAAUCCGUACGACACGCUGAUUCGAACAGCACGGAAGCUGGAUAUAUUAGGCGCGCCACCGUAUCAAGUUGGUGUACAAUUCUUUCGCGUAGGCGACGAUGAAGGUGCACGUCAAGCAUUAGACUUCGCAGACGACGGUUUGAGUGACGCAUUGGACAUCAGAGACAUUGUUGAUACAACAACAUGGGGUGGAAAGCUGGGUGAUUUAUCACCCGAUGCCGUGUUAAAAGUCGUACUUGGAGCUGUGGAGAGGUCUAUUGAUAAACAGAAGGCGUAGCGUCUAAUAUGCCCAAGCUACAUAUGCUACGAUCUGGGGUAUCUAAGUUUCGUAAGCUCUCUUUCGCUGGGAAAAGGUAGAACAUGUAUG